CUCACCCCAAAAAGCAGGCACUAGUCGGCUUUGCCACUUACUUAGUUAUCGGAGAAACACCCGGUUGAUUUCAAAUUAAAAUAAAAUACAAGCUUACUCCAUGGAGUCAUCCGACAGCCAUGAUAUUGAACUGGAGGCGCUGCAGGAGGAGGAAUUCAGCGAUGAAGACGUCUCAAAUGAUUCACUAGAUCUCAAUGCUUAUGAAGAUUUGUUUGAAGAGAAUACUCGCCUCGAGCGUAAGGUUAAUGCUCUCAAGCUAAAGGUGGUCGCUCUACAAAUUCAAACUAAUUACCAGGAGAAUCAGCUAAACAAGCUGAGGUGCGAGAAAAAACAAAAGGCGACAUUUAGCCGUAGCAUCAAUCGGAAUCUCUUGCUUGCAACACGCCAUUCUCUGCAGUCCCAAACUUUAGAAAGUUUUCCUAACCGACUUUUUUCGCAAAUAUUUGAGGGUUUCCCUGGCGAUGAUAAGGUAUUCAGAAAUCAUUUCAAGAACAUGGACAAUGAGCUGGACCUAAUAGUGCAGAAGAUGUGCGUUCACGCCUACAAAAGCCGCAAGCUUUCAUUACAAAGUACUGUCGCCGAGAAGGCAAAGGGUCUAAAGAAAGAGCUAAUUCUUAAAUACGGGACACAGCUGGCCGAACGGGACAAGACCCGAGCAAUAAAUAAUUGUGCCAUAAAGCGACAGUGUUUUCAUAUGUUUAAAAACUUUUUAAUGAGCAGUAUUCAGGAUAAAACUUGCGCCGGAAACUACUUAAAGCAACUGGAAAACCUCUAUGAACAAGAAAUCUCCAAACUCGAUUAAUAUUAACGAUAUAAAACAAAGAAUACUUUUAUUUAAAUUCAGACGAAUGAGAUAUAUUUUUUUAAGGACCUUUGAACUUUGAGACCAACAUUGGCCUAAAACUCGCAUUAUUCUUACAUUUUCCGUUUCCAAAAUUUUUGUUAACAAUUAUUGUUUACCUAUUUCCCAAU